UUUUGUCUUCUUUGACGUCUGGCAUUUGAUCAGACAAGUGCUGUUUAAAUACAGAGACAAGUUACAGUUCACCUGUUGGAAGAGCAGCAGUCGAUUUUCAGUCAUGGAAAGCUCACCGAGAACAAAGAAGAUUCGAGUAGCCGUGGUAGGGGGAGGACUGGUUGGUGCAUUAAAUGCUUGCUUCUUUGCAAAGAAGGGGUUCGAAGUGGACCUGUAUGAAUCAAGGGAAGAUAUUCGAAAAGCCAAAAUUGUCAAAGGACGAAGUAUAAAUCUGGCUCUAUCUUUAAGAGGGCGAGAGGCACUGAAAGCUGUUGGAAUGGAAGAUAAGAUUGUGAGCAAAGGCAUCCCAAUGCACGCCAGAAUGAUUCAUUCUCUUUCUGGGAAGAGGACGCCAAUCCCCUAUGGCAAGAAAGGACAGUACAUUCUCUCCGUGGACAGAGCUUACUUGAAUAAAGAACUUUUAACAGCUGCUGAGAAAUAUCCCAACGCAUCACUGCACUUUGGACACAAACUAUUGGAUUGGAGUUUGGAACCAAGGUUAAUGACAUUCCGCAGGUCUGAUGAAUCAACUAAGGAGGCAACAAGUGAUCUCAUUGUAGGUUGUGAUGGAGCCUUCUCAGCUGUCAGAAAACAGUUCAUGCGCCAGAGUCGGUUUGAUUACAGCCAUACAUACAUUCCCCAUGGUUAUAUGGAACUCACUAUUCCUCCAAAAAAUGGGAAAUUUGCUAUGGAACCUAAUUUUCUUCACAUUUGGCCAAGGAACACUUUCAUGAUGAUUGCUCUACCAAACCUUGACAAGACGUUUACAUGCACUCUUUUCAUGCCUUUUGAACAUUUUGAGGAAAUCACAACAGAGGAACAAGUGUUGGCUUUUUUUCAGAGAUACUUUCCUGACGCAAUUCCUCUUAUUGGAGAAAAUGCUUUAAAAAAGGAUUUCUUUCGCUUACCCGCACAAGCAAUGGUAUCAGUGAAGUGCUCUCCAUAUCACAUUGGAAGUCACUGUGUGCUGAUGGGAGAUGCAGCACAUGCUGUCGUUCCUUUUUAUGGGCAAGGAAUGAAUGCAGGCUUUGAAGAUUGUCUUGUUUUUGAUGAAUUGCUUGAAAAUUAUAACUGCGACUUGAGUAUUUGUCUUCAAGAAUUUUCCCGACUUAGAGUACCAGAUGAUCAUGCAAUAUCUGACCUGGCAAUGUAUAACUACAUAGAGAUGCGUGCCCAUGUUAACUCCAAGUGGUUCAUCUUCCGAAAGUAUCUUGACAUGACGCUUCACUACAUCAUACCCAACACUAUAAUUCCUUUGUACACAAUGGUUACAUUUUCAAGAAUCCGCUACCAUGAGGCAGUGAAAAGGUGGAAAUGGCAAAAUAAGGUCAUUAAUAGAGGAUUAGUACUUUUUGGAUUAUCUUCAGGACUUGGAGUGGCAUACUUGCUAUCAAAGCAUCCUCCCACAAGAAUGAAUAUUUAUCUAGACAGACUCCAGGACUUGACGGUGUUAAAGAAACUGCUGACGUCUUGGCAUUAGCUUGAACAGAGGCCCUCCUCGUCUUCCUCCUCCUCCUCCUUAUUAUACUUCUGUCAAGUGUCUCCACCAGGCUUCACACAGGAGCAGCAGCAGCUACAUGUUUUCAUUCUAGCUGAGCCCUCAACCAGAUAUGUUUAACUCAUACCUUCUUUUGUCUUUUCUACACUUAAAGAUGGCUGACGGUAUCUUGUUUCUCAAAGACGUUUGGCAAAGACAUGUAUCAUUUUGCCUUUUAUUUUCAUGGAGUACAUAAGAAGCAUGUUCUUCUUUAUGUCUUUUUACAAGUGUGGAGAUUCAUAAGCAGCAAUCUGUAUCUUCUUAUGCUCUUUGAUAACUGGCUGCCUCUGGUUAAUUAAUAAGAUAGAAUUAAAUCAACAAACCCCAAUUAGAUUUUCAUAGGGUAUGUAUCCAGUCUUGUGUUUAAUUACUCAUGAAAUCUAAAGCGAUACACAUGUUUGUGAACGAUUGCAUAGAAACAUGGAAAUGAGAGAUCUAGUUAACAUCCCCCUAAAAGAAAUAGCUUCUUACUGAUACUGAGGUUGGAAUGAAUAUCUUCAGGUGCUGGUGGAAUCCAGGAGCUAAGUUUACUCUUUACAGAAGGCUUUUAAGUUGGACAAAAUCCAGAAAGAUGUCACCUUAAGUGUUUAUCAGCUGAUCGUUUGAAGGAAAGGCACUGUUAUUUUUUAUGACACCUUGAUGGGACAUCCUAAAACAAUACAUUUUAAUCCUAAAUGAUAAUUAAAAAUUCAACUUCAGAGUAAAUCGUAUUUGUCGUAUUUUGAAUACUACAAUCAAAAAUGAUUAAAAAAUUAAGUUUUUAGUAAUAGCUAAGAAAAAAAACGAAUCUCAUAUUAUUAUGGAGAAUGGAGAUAGCAGUGUUUCUGAUAGAAUGACCAAUACUGGACAAGAGCAAAAAGUAUGAAAAAGUGUUCAUGAAAAAGCUCAUAAUACUUGUGUUGUAUAAUCCACCUGUCAGGUCAUCCAGUUGUAUGGUCACAAUAUGCAAAAUACACCAUUUUCUGCUAAUAUAUUGUUAAAUAAAUAUUUCCGGAAAAUUAAAGCAGUCCACAAACAAAAAACAUGUUAACACCGUGACCAGCAUAAAGGCAGGCGAAACAGUGCAACAUUUUGAGGUAACCCUGUAGUACUAAGGUGUCGUACCGUGUUAGCCAUUAUGAAUGUAGCGAGGAGUGAAGCAAAAUGACACCUUUUAUUAGCUAACUAAAAAGAUUACAACAUGCAAGCUUUCGAGGCAACUCAGGCCCCUUCUUCAGGCAAGAUGUAAUCAAGUUGUAACCCUGUUUAUUUCAGAACUCAAAAGAAAAAUGAUAGCAAAAAUAGUCCUGAAAGUAAAAUAACUCGGGAUCAAAAGAACAGAAAUAGCAGACAAUUAAUGUCCAACAAGCUCAAAUAACAGUCGUCUGAGCUCCUCUCUCUUCCAUGGACCUCUCACAAAAGACGUCACCUUUCCAGGGCUCCGCUUUUUAUGUCCCCGAUACCAGAAGGGGCGGGACUUCAGUUGGACUUUACUACCAAGCUUGGUUGCCUUCACUGGGCAUGUUUUCUGGGCUGUGGACAAAGAAGUGGAGGCUGUUAGCUACAGCGCCCCCUCUUGCCCGGGGAAUGGUGCUGCUUACCUUGGCUGAUCUUGUCAGGGAGCCCUCUGGUGUGCAUGCGUGACAACAUGAGGUAAUAAUUUUAAAUUGAAGACCCGCCCCUGCCUCUCAUUCAUUGGUCAAGAGUCCCGUCUUCAGCUUAAAUACUCAUUCCGGUGUGAAUUGUAUUUUCUGUAUGUGCGCUACUCUGACUUUCCAAAAGUACUUAUUUAGUAAUAUUUUUACAAAACAAAUCAUGCAGUUUGCAUGUUUUGAGCAGAUGACUGGAUACACUGGUCAACAAGCAUUUUGCUACUGAGAUUCUUUACCUGUACUUUAACAAAUUUCACUUGCUGACUCCAAAUCUGAAAACCGUUUUCGACCAGCACGUCCCGUUUUUUAGUUAUGGUGUUACAGGUCUUAGACAACUAGGGUGACCGGACAGUAAAGGCGAUGCAUUUCAGCAUUUAAGAAAUAAGUUUGGUUUCAAGAAAAGUGAAGCCAAAAUUAAGGAAAGUGUUUUUGUUGGCCCUGAAAUCCAUGAACUGAUGCUUGAUGAUGAGUUCAAAAAGAAACUGAAGCCCACUGAAUCAGCACCCUCAUUCGUGCAGGUUGUCCAGAAUUUUCUUGACAAGCACAGAGCAGAGAAUUAUACUGAGCUUGUGGAGGAUAUGCUGAAAGUAUAUUAGCUUACGGGAGCCAGAAUGUCACUGAAGACGCAUUUUUUUACAUUCUCAUCUCGACUUUUUUCCACCAAAUCUAAGCGAUGUCAGAGAUGAGCAUGGGGAAAGAUUUCAUCAAGAUAUAAAGGUGAUGAAAAACUGAUAUCGGGGAAAUUCACUCCGAGCAUGAUGGGUGACUACUGUAGGUUCUUGCAAAGAGAGACAGAUAUGCAGUACAAGCGCAAAAGCAAGUGCCUUAAACAUUUUUUGGCACACUGACGUCGCUUUUUUAUAUUGAGGUAAACUGAUAUAAAUAUACUUUUACGUGUCUCUGGUAUCGUCUUCUGGUUUGUUUUCAGAAUAAACACAUCAAAACAAUUUUGGUGGGACAAAGUCCAAACUCCAGAUAUCGUGUUGAUAUACUGUAUUAUAUUGAUAUUCAGAAGUGUCAAAACAUCAAUGAUGUGCAUCUCAAAAACCUGACGUGCUAGCUUCAUUCCGAUUUCAUAUAUGAAAUCAGUGUAAAAAACUUAAUAAAGAGCUGCUCUGAAUUGUCCAUGUUUGGUCACCAUAGACUCCCAUUAUAUAUAAAACUUGGUUAUCUCUGUUCUCCAUUAAAACAUGAGAUUAUUUUUUUGUAAUCUGCCAUCACUACUAGCCACAUGUGGUAAGUAAAAUAUUUUAAAAAUAUAUCAUUUUUGGGAAAAGUGUGAAUUUGAGAAACCGGAGUCUAUUCUGAAAACAAAGGGUAAAAGUCAAAACGAAUGAAUAUGAGUUUGGAUUCUGGUCUGUGUUCAUACACUAACCCACACUGGGCCAAUUUGAUUAAUAAAUCCACAAACUCACUACAAUCACUGAAGACAGGAAUCAAAGUUAAGCAAACUCAUUCAAAUUGCACAGACAAACAACAUCUGCCAAGGCCUGAGCUAACAUCCCGGUGCUGUAAGGCCAAGCAAGUAAAAAAAACAAACUUGUGAGACAUUUUGACUUGAUGUGUGGAUUACACAACAUGAAUUUAUUUUGGUUCUUCAAUCCUGAGGCAAAUUUUAAAUGGCAAAUUCUUUCUCCUGUUCCCAAUCACGAUUUCCACACAAAUCCAAUCAUUGUCCACACAUUUGAUUUUCUGAGCUCUACUGCCUUGUUUCUCAAGUAGUCAAAGUAGGCUCAAGUUUCUCAUCAAUCUGAAAAGCACAAGAUGGACAUUUUAAAAAUCUCUGAUGAUUUAUCGGACUGCAAAAUUAGCUUUUUUCCAUUCAGUAUUUCUUAGCAUGACUUGGUCUUGCGUCCCCUGUGACCCUGCUCAGGAUUAGGUGGGCUUUGAAAGUGGUAUGAUAUGUUUGAGUUACCCCGUCUUCAAACCCUUCACCACAAUAAUUGUUCACAAUGAAUGAAUGGAUUCUUCUGAUUCUGUUUUAGUAAAAAUCAAUCAUCUGAAUUCAACUUGUAAUGUAUUGUUUUUUGUUUGUUGUUUUCCAAAAAUGUUAUGCAAAGCUGCAAAGAGUGGAACUGCAGACUAAUUGAAUAAAAUUCCUUUUCUCCUUUUGAAAAUAUGAAUGAAAUA